AUGUCCGACGACGAGCUCGACCAAGAAUGGAAGCCUUCGAAGGCCAGACCGCAGUCUACCAUGGCUCGAUCCUUUUCUCUGGCAUUGAAUGAUCUAUUCAAGAUCGACAACAGUCUAGCAGACCUCGAUGCCGCUGUAUCGGAGAAAAAACGAGCAGUCUCCAACCAAACCUCUGAGCUCGAGGCCCUCGAAGCACGCCUGCGCGCCACCGAAGAGCGUUUGAAGAAAGCAGCCAGCACUGGAGUCAGCCCAGCCAAGUCAUCAUCCUCCGGCAGAUCGAGCCCGCGAUCACGUCCAGCCCUUGGGGGGGACACCUUUGCUCCAAGCCCAACGAAAGAAGCAAGUCCCACAAGCCCCCUUUCUUCCGAGUUCAGACACCCAUCACGGCCCAAUACAUCAGAACGACCCGCAUCUGGGAGAGGAGGUAGACCGACGUCGGGAUGGAAGCAAGAGGCGCAUCCCGCAUACACGGCCCCUCCCAUGCCAGGAGCUAUGCCCCCGACUCCAAAUGACACUCCAAGUGCGAGCGAAGGUGAAUCCGAUUCCGACUACGUGGUCAUUGGACAAGAACGGAAGAGUGCUGACGUUGGGGAAGAUGGAGAUAUGCCUCCGCCGCCGCCACCGCCGCAGAAGUGA